UGAGAAUGUUGAAGUGGUGGUGAACACCAGCUGACGGAGCACGAGAAAUAAAAUAUGAAGACAAAAUUUUAGCAAAUUUAAAAUUGACUUGCCAAAAUUUGAAAUUAAAAUAAUAAUUUUUUAACUAAAUAUCGUAACAUUUUAGUAACUUGAAAUACAGUCAUUUGUCAAACAUUUAAAUAUUACUAAACUCGAUAAAUGACAAAGUAAACAAAGAAAACAAGUUUAUUAAUUGUGGGGUCAUGUCGAUGUAUAAGCGUCUCGUCAAAAAGUGGGAUACAGACGAAGGGCAAUUUUUAUACCGGUGUGACAAAUGUGCCUCCCUUUUUCAAACUAAAUCCCUCGCCGUAAUUCAUAUCUGGGCUGCUGAUCACCACGCAGAUGACACUAAUUCUGCCGGAUGGACAGCCAUUCCUAAUCCCAAAGCAGUAAAGAAGGACAAAUUGCCAGAUGUAGUGGACUUAACAGAAAAAGAUGACGAUAAUAAUGAUGUUCAUCAACAAUCAGAGAUUCACAAACUGCAAGAGGCCAAGAAAAACAAUGAUAAACUGCAGGAGGCCAAGAAAAACAAUGAUAAACUGCAAGGGCUCAAGAAAAACAAUGAUAAACUGCAAGGGGUCAAGAAAAACAAUGAUAAACUGCAAGGGGUCAAGAACAACAAUGAUAAACUGCAAGGGGUCAAGAAAAAGAAUGAUAAAGUGCAAAUAGUCAAGCACGACAAACCGCAAGAGGUCAAGAAUGACGAACUGCAAGAGGUCAACCGUGACGAAAAUCCUGCUGAAAAAGUCAUGAAUUGUAAAUUGUCAGAUGAUUCCGAGGUCGCGGAAUCCGAAGGCCCUAUUCCUGCUAAAAAGUUUGCAAAUUCACUAUUCGUUCCGGUCAAGAUGAACACGGAGUUUGGGUUUGAGUUUGAAGAUGUCAAUAUUCUCGAGGAAGGUCAAUCACAACCUGAAAUAUUGCAAAAUAGUGAUUCAUGUGAGUCAAUGGCUCAGAGUAAUGGCGACAAUAGUACAUCAAUAGUGCGUCAUAGCGACAAACCCCACCGAGAGGAACCUGCCGUUAAACUGGGGGAAAUUCUUGGAAGAUUUUCCAGCGUUGCUGCCGUUGUCAUCCCCAUGAAAAAAUUGCGCACCAAUAUAAACAAACCAGAUAAUAAACAAUUACCAUCGAGAUAUAUUUGCGAAAAUUGUGGGAAAGGAUUCACAAUAUCGUUUAUAUUUGAAGGACACAUUAAAACUUGCGGGGUUGAAAUUUCUAAGCAGGCGGAAGUCAAUAUCCCCCCAGAGUUUUUUAAGGCUUGUCCCAUCUGUGGAAAAGCGUUUCACUCCCAUUCGACCUGGAGCAUGCAUAGGAGUUCUUGCGUAUUUACGCCCAAGGACUGGAAUACGACGUGUCCCAUCCCCACGUGUCGCAAGACGUGCAGCACUCUGUUAUUUUUAAGGAGUCAUAUGGAAACUGUUCACAGCCAUGCCGCGGGCGACCAGAUUCAGUGCGCCAUUUGCGAAAAGAAAUUUAAUUUGAGGAAAGCUUUUUAUGUCCACUUGGGAAGAAAACAUGGCGAAAAUAAGAAGACAGGAAAACGAAACACGGACGAGUAAUUUAAAUCGACUAUGUAAUUCAUCUGUCCUUCGUAUAUCGAACUGUAAAAGUACUGGAGUGGGUGGGGGGGGGGGAGGGGGUGAAAUGCCCGGAUACCCUCUGAUCUAUCCACUACAGAAGAAGAGUUGGAAACGGAAGUUGAGGACACUCCAGAAUUUGAAAAUGGUCAAAAGAAAGGUAGAAUUUUUGGCAUACAGCCAGCGUCAAAACCGUGAAAGUUGAAGGUGAAGAUCUCAAUAAUUAUAUAAUAAUGUGUUCAAAAAUGUACGUAAUUAUUUUUUAUUCGCUACUGGGAAAUAAAUAAGCUAUAAAUAAAUAUA